AUGCUUAAAAAAACAUCUAGAGAUUAUUCAUAGCAUAAGUCAUCGGAUUCAUAAUCUGAUGAUAACUCUACAGCUCCUGCACUUUCAUUAAGAGGAUCUGAUUAUUUAGCGUUUGACAUUUAAAAGGAUAUAAAAAAAAGUAUUUUAAGUGAUUUUAGUGAUGAUGAAAGUGAUCAUCAACACCAUAUGACAGACAAAGUAGAUUUCGUUUGGUUACUAAAAUCGUGUAUUGAAGAGGCUCUGUCUUAUUUUUUAGAAUGGGCUCCAUUAACUAUCAUUUAUUUUUUUAUGACUAGAAAUUACUCACAACACAUUGCAAAUGGGUAUGGCUUGGGCUUAGUAUGGUUGAAUUGCAUGGGGUAAGGCUUAUAUUAUGGCUUAGGUAGCGGCUUAGAGACCAUGGCCUCUCACGCCCAUGGAGCUAAAAAUUAUGAAUAAGUAGGUAUUCUUUUUUAGAAGACGCUUUUUGUAUCAUCUAUUAUGUUUAUUCCUAUAUGCAUUAUGAUGUUAUACGCAGAGUAAAUUCUACUGUUAUGGAAUGAUAAUGCUGAUCUGUGCUAAAUAGCUGGUUAGUUGUGUAUGUUUGCUAUCCCAGGAAUUGCUUUUGUUGCUGUUUAUUAUGCCUAUAAAGCAACUUUGAAUGCACAGAACGAAUACAGGUUGCAAGUAUAUAGCAGCGGAAUUAACACUAUGCUCACUGUUAUCUACUGCUUUAUUUUUAUUACUGGUCUUGAUUGCGGAAUCAUGGGAGCUGCUGUUGUUUUUUCUCUAUCAUAAUUCUCUAACUUAGUUCUAUGCUAUUUAUUCGCAAGCAGAAAAAAACACCUUAAAAAAUGUUUCAUUCCCUUCACUAAACUUUGCUUCUAAGAUUUGAAGCCAUUCCUCAAAACAGCUAUACCAAUCGGAUCACUUGUGUCUUUAGAAUGGAUUUUGCAAGAAGUUAACUCAAUAAUUGCAUCCAAUCUGCCUGAAGAAUAAUACUCUGCAAAUAUUGCAAUAGCAAAUUUAGCUUCUACCAGUGUCCAAUUUCCUUUAGGUUACGCAACGGCAGCAUGCACUUUUAUAGGUAACGAAAUGGGAAGAGGGAAUGUUAAAAAUGCUAAAAAAUAUGCUUUGUAUAGCACCUAUAUUCUCAUAAGCCACUUAUUAAUAACAGGACUUCCUAUAGCUAUAUUUAGAGAAAGUAUAGCAUCCACCUUUACAGUUAACCCUGAAGUGAAGGACUAAUUCUUGAGAAUUAUAUUCUUUGCUCUAGGUGUAUACUUCUUAGAUGCAAUUUAAUGCCUAAUCACAGCAUUUAUGAGAGCUAUAGCAAAAGAAAAGUUUAGCAGUGUUUCAUUCCUUAUUUGCUACGCCCUUGUAGGAUUAACAUCAAGUUACUACCUUGCUUACAAAACAUCAUACGAAAUCACAGGAGUAUGGACAGGACUUGCAAUAGGUAUGAGUCUUUAUUUGAUUCUUUAAAUCUGCAUGAUAUUAUUUACUAAUCUUGAAAAUAUGGCAAAGAAAAUACAAGACAGAUUAAAAUAAAAUAGUGAGCCCAAUGACACAUUAAUAAAUAACAUAAGUAUUUAAGUCACAUGA